AUGUUAAUUGAGUAAGCUAAUUAAGAAAGCAAAGAAGAGCAGGGGGGAAGUAAGUGCUAAAUACGUAGGUGAACAUUUUUGGCUCAGCAAAUCUCAAGGUCCUUCUGUGAGUGGAACAGGAGCCAUAUGCCAGGUUGUCAGCAGUCUCAUCAAGGAGUGGAGACUGAUGAAUCCAGCUGGGGAAAUAAACUGUCUGUACUUGAAGAAGGACAAAAGUUGCAAGUUAUGUAGCAUGUUGUGGCUGAUUUGCAAAUACUGUAUUCUUUUUGCUGGUGGUAUUUACUGCAAGCUUGUGCUUGGCUGAUAAAUGAAAGAAACAGCUCAUUUCCAGCAUACAGCAGUUGAGAAGUGAGAUUUUUUGGGGGUCAGAAGUUUGAAUUCUCUAUGCAGUUGAGUGUGACGAAGAGCUUGAAUGGAGGCCUGGCUCUCUGGACUGCUUGCACAAUUUAGGCAAAGGAAAGCUAACCCUGAUGGGCAGCAUGCACCCAAGAAGCAGAAAAAAAAGAAAAAGGUAUCAAACACCAAAGAUGAAGAAUUGGUACAAGAAGGUCUGGAUAUUGACCAAUCUCAAAGAAAAGAUACAUCAACAUACAGCUGUCAGAGAGGAGCAGCUGCUACAUCUGACUUUGCUAUAGUGAGGGCUUUGCACAGUGAUGAAAUGAUCAAGCAUGAUCAAACAUAUACCACAGAACUGGAAAGUGAAAUUUCCACUACAGCUGAUGAUUAUAGCUCAGAGGCAAAUGGUUGCAGUUUUUUGACAAGAACAGCUGUACCUGAAGACUUUAUUAGGGAAGAAGAAUUUGGAUUUGGAGAGAAUUAUUCUGAGCAUGGGAUGCAGCAUUCUGUGACACGACUGGAGAUGAUGGAGAAUGAAUUGGCUGGAAAACAACAAGAGAUCGAUGAGCUAAACAGAGAGCUAGAAGAAAUGAGGGCAGCGUAUGGUACAGAAGGAUUGCAACAGCUACAAGAAUUUGAGGCUGCCAUCAAAAAAAGAGAUGAUAUUAUCACACAGCUUACUGCUAAUCUACAGCAAGCAAGGAAAGAAAAAGAUGAAACAAUGAAAGAAUUUUUGGACUUGACAGAACAGAGUCAAAAACUGCAAAUUCAGUUUCAACAUUUGCAGGCAAGUGAAGCUUUACGGAACACUAGUCAUAGCAGCACUGCUGCUGACUUACUCCAGGCCAAACAACAGAUACUUGCAUAUCAGCAACAGUUAGAAGAACAAGAGCAGCUGUUGAAAACUUAUCAGAUGAAAAAUGAAGACUUUGAAAUGCAAGUUUCCUUUCUGCAGCGGAGAAUCACUGAGGUUGAAAUGGAAAAAGUCAAAACCGAAGAAGAUUCUGCUAAGAAGAAACUACAAGAAAAAGAAACAGUUAUUGAAGAAUUGGAAGCUAAAAUUCUAGAAGAGGAAGAGAAUAUAUUUAUUCUUCAGAAAAAAAUAUCAGCUGCUGAUAAAUCACUAGAGGAAGUAAAAGAAGAGCUCUUUCAAAAGAACCAAGAGCUACAUAAUGUGAGAGUGGACCUAGCCAGUUCUAAACAAAAAGAAAGACAGUGUUCUGAUGAAAUAAAACAAUUAAUGGGUACUGUGGAAGAGCUGCAGAAGCGAUGUCACAAAGAUAGUCAACAUGAGACUGACAUUGUACAAAGAAUGGAACUUGAAGCACAAAGGAGACUUGCAGACCUCAGGGCAGAAUUGGAGGAAGUGCAUGGGCAACAGAUAGUACAUAUGAAGCAAGAGUUAGUUAGAGAACAUACAAUAGAGAUUGAACGGCUUCUCGCCCAGCAAAAAGAAGAUCUGGAGAGAACUUUGAAUUUACACUCUGGUAAUACUAAUGAAGACCAAAUACACUUAAUGAAUAUUGCAAUUAAUGAGUUGAAUCUGAUGCUGCAGGAUGCCAAUUGCGAGAGAGAAAAGGUCAGGCAAGAUUUGUCCCAACAACUUGACCUGUUAUCCUCUGAAAAGUCUUCUUUACAAAAUAAAGUUGAGGAUCUUUGUCAAGAGCUGAGCUUUUCAAGAGAGCAAAUUCAGAGAGCCAAGCAGACUAUAAAUGAAAAAGAAUCCAAGUUACAUGAAGUAGACAUGUUACAAACUACUGUUGAAGGUCUAAAAGCCGAGCUUGCAUCUGCCUCUGAGAUCAAGAAAGAAUUAGAAUUAAAACAUGAAGCAGAAGUUACAAAUUACAAAAUAAAGCUUGAAAUGCUAGAAAGAGAAAAGGAUGCAGUUUUGGACAGGAUGGCUGAAUCUCAAGAAGCUGAACUUGAGAGAUUGAGGACUCAGCUUUUGUUCAGUCAUGAAGAAGAGCUAUCAAAACUUAGAGAUGAUUUACAAAGAGAGCACAGAAUAAACAUUGAAAAUCUUAAAGAGAAUAUGGGUAUGCAAUCUAAGCAGCGGUUAGGUGAUUUACAAAAUGAAAUGAGCAAGAAAAUAGAAGCUAUGCAAUUUGAAAAUGACAACUUAAUAUUAAAACAGAACCAGCUCACAUUAGAAAUAUCAAGGCUAAAAGAUUUGCAUCAGUCCAUCGUAAAUUCUAAAUCCGAAGAAAUGAUGCUUCAGAUCCAUGACCUCCAGAAAGAGAUAGAAGUUCUUAGACAGGAAGAAAAAGAAAAAGGUACACUUGAACAGGAAGUUCAGGAAUUGCAACUUAAAACAGAAUUAUUAGAAAAGCAAAUGAAAGAGAGAGAGGAUAGUCUUCAAGAAAAAUGUACAUUGCUUGAAACACAAAAUAAUGCUCUUGAAGAUGAAAAUAAUGCUCUGCAAGAGAAGUUAAAGAAAUCUGCUGUUAGCAAUAUCGAAGAAAGCUUUAUCUUCACUGAUGGAAUAAAUUCCAAGUCAGAAGAAUUUGAUUUGCAAGAAAGAAUAGAAAAUCUGAUAGCGGAAAAUGAGAAGCUUGUAAAACAAGAUAUUGCACAUAAAGAAGAGAUUGAGAGGCUAAAGAAUUCCUUUUCACUUACGGAGAGAAACUUUGAACAUAAUUAUCAGGAACUCCAAGAAAAAUAUGCUGCUCUACUAAAGGUAAAAUUGGAUCUAGAAGAGAACAGGAACAAGCAAGAGGUUGAAUACAAAGCCAACCUCCAGGCUUUGAUGGAAGAGAUCCAGUAUUUACAAAAAGAUAUGCCAGUUGUAUUGAAAACUCAAAGUAUGGUCGUUCAUGGUAAGAGGGAGAGAAUCUUAAGAUCAGAAACUUUUGACAUUGAGGAGGUUGUUGAAAAAGACACAACAGAACUGAUGGAAAAACUUGAGGUCACUCAGCGUGAGAAGCUAGAACUUUCACUGAGACUUACAGAUCUUUCUGAUCAAUUAAAAUUGAAGCACAAUCAAAUCUGCCAAUUGAAUGAAGAAGUUACAUCACUAAAACAAGAUAGAGAACACAUCUCAGCAAGGUGUAAAGAACUAGAACUCAUAGUUAACCAUAGACUGGAGGAGAAUACGAACUCUUGUGAACAUAAGACAAAAUACUCCAAUGGAGAGUUACGGGAAGGCCAUUCCACAGUUUGUGAACCUGGAAACUUUGUUUCUGAUUCAUACAAAGAAUGUGACAGGGCUAUAAGAGAAAGAAGAGAAAAACUGAUAUCAAGUCAAAGUUUGGCUCAUCAUAGUCCAGUGGAAGAAGCUAUUCAACGAAAUCUAGAUCCAGAACCAGAAUCAUUGUUGGGUCAUUUUCACCAAAUGAGUGAUGGUUUAUCAGGAGAUUCUUCAAGUGUGAGCUUUGUGCAAGGUGAAAACAAGCUUCAGAAGCAGUUGGAUAUGCUGAAAGCUGAACAGAGUGACUUAAAGCUGCAAAUGGAGGCUCAGCGCAUUUGUCUGUCUCUGGUUUACUCUGCUCAUGUGGACCAGGUGCGUGAGUGCAUGGAAAAUGAGAAGGAGAAUGCACUUUCUGCUCUUAAAGAAGAGCUCCAGUUCCACCAUACACAGGAACUGUAUGAGCUUAAGAAAAAUCAUCUGGAGCUUCAAACCACAGAAAACAAAAAGCCAGAUGAAGAAGGCCUGUCUACGUGGGUGCAUCUAGAAAGACUUAGCAAGACCGUAGCUGAGGAAUGUUCUAAGCUCACUCAGUCUCUGUGCAGCAUUCUACCUGGAAAAUUUCCAGCUGCUGUUGAACCUGUUGCUGACGAGAAAGAAUCAUCUAAUACGGUAUUAAUGUCAAGAGAAGAAGCUCAAGUUUUGCAGGAAGCCCUCCAAAGUCUUCUAAGCAAGAUAUUGGAAGAGUACCACAGGCUGCUGGAAUAUCAUGCACAGUUUAUAAAAGACAGAAAAAAGGGUGAGGAACAACAGACAUCAUUUGCAGGCAACGAUGAGAAAGAAAUUGGCAAUCUUCAACAGAAUGUAGACUGUUUACCUACUCCAUUGCAGGAUCUUGUUGAACUUAAAAUUAAAUCACCUUGUUGGGAAGACAUGGAAAACUUAAAGUCUCAACUUGAAGAACAACAUGCUCAGGAAGUUGAGCACCUUCGAUCAUAUUUUCAUCAGCAAUUGAAAGAAACUGAGGAACGAUAUACUGUGGAGAUAGUUCACUUACAGAGUAGACUCCAAGAUGCCAGUGAGUCUUCUGAACGUUUCAGUGUUUCUGUGGAAUCACAGGUAAAUGAAGUUAAGAACGGGAAGUAUGCUGAAAAUGAUCUUCAGCAAACUGCUGAGAAGGCAGUAGAGAUCUCUAAUGAAGUUGGUAUUACUGAAUCCCUGGAAAAACAGUACCAAGAGAAAUUGUUACAAGAAAUUGCAAAGGUGGUUGUAACCAUGAGUGUAGAGUUUGCACAGAAAAAUGAACUAGCAAGAAUUGCUAAUCUAAAAGAGGAGAAAAUGUCCUUGAUGAUACCAAUGGAAAUUCAAGAGGAAAAUAAUUCAAGUAGAAAGGAAUGCCUUGAAGAAUUAGAUAGACAUAGAAAUGAGAAGCAAGACACAAAAUAUGAAGAAUUAAAAUCACUUAGUAGAGAGAUCAGUGAAGAGUGCGGUGAAACUUUAUCACUUGAAAGACAAUUUCAAUCAGAAAUUAACCCUACUGAGACACUUGGACUAUACAACUUUGAAUCAGUGGUUCCCACAGUUUCUUCCUCAAAUGGUGAAGAGAUUAUGCAAAAGACAUAUUUGGUUUCAAAUGAAGUUUCAAACUCCAGCGGAGUAGCUUCAAGCCAGAUAUCAUUGUAUGAAGAACGUUUGGAAGAUAUGCGCCAAGAGCUUGUUCGUCAGUAUCAAGAACAUCAGCAGGCAACAGAAAUAUUGAAACAAGGUCACAUGCAGCAGAUGGAGUGGCAGAAAGAAAAUCAAGAGCUUCUACUAGCAGAGCUGGAUAGGCUUAAAGUACAAUUAGCAGAGAAUGUUACACUGGAUAGUGAAAACAUAAGCACAGAAAGAGAACAAAUGCUUUUAGAUGAACUAGAAUCAUUAAAGAAGCAGUUAAUACCUGGAAGAGAGAAGCUACCUUGUGAGCUAAACACCAGUGGUACUCAAACACAGGAUGAAAAUGUAAGUCAAAUUGAAUCCAAAGAGCAUAUAUUAGAAGGUGAAGAUGGAGGAGGAGGAAAGCAUGAAGAAACUUCUUUGGAUAUCCUUUCAAAAGAAAGAUGUGCCUUGCAGAAAGCCAAUAACAGACUGAUGAAGAUUCUGUUAGAAGUUGUGAAGACUACUGUAGCUGUCGAAGAAACAAUUGGUCGUCAUGUUGUGGGACUGCUAGAUCGGUCGUUAAAAUGUCAGUUAUCUUUUAAAAGUUCUGCAUGGGAGGCAAGGACAGAGGACCCCAUAAAACCAAGCAUCUGUGUGGGAUACGAAGCAGAAAAGUCGUCUUCAUAUCAUGACAGCAAUCUAGAAGGUGAUGACAAUAGCAUGUGGUCAGAAGUUGCAGGUGAAGGCUUUGAAUUCACCCAGUACCUUGGAAUGGAAAUAGACUCCAAAAAUGAAGAGUUAGUUCUAAAUAUCAGUGCUCGACUUCAGGCAGCAGUUGAAAAACUUCUGGAAACCAUCAAUGAAACCACCAAUCAGCUUGAACAUGCUAAAGUUACACAGACAGAAUUGUUGCAGGAGUCCUUUAAACGAGAACAAGAAGCCACUGAAUUACUGAAAUGUCAGGAAGAAUUGCAAGAGCGAUUUGAUGAAGAGGUUAAAGCUAGAGAACAGUUGGCAUUGGAGCUCAGCAAAGCAGAGAAUCUUGUUGAUGGCUAUGCAGAUGAAAGAUCACUUCUGGAAAAGCAAAUCCAGGAAAAAACAGAUGCAAUAGAUCAUCUUGAACAAGAACUACUUUGUACAGGUAACAAAUUACAGGAACUAGAAGCUGAGAGACAGCAAUUUCAAGAAGAAAAGGAAUUACUCUUCAGACAAAAGGAUGCUAUGAAAGCUGAUGCAGGACCAGUAGAACAACGCCUAGUAGAUGCUGCAGUCGAUGCAGCUUCCCAAGCAGAGUUGCUGGCAGAGACAGAAAAGCUAAUGAAGGAAAAAAUAGAAGUGCAGCGGCAAGCUGAAAAAGAAUAUGACUACCUUCAGAAGCAGGUGAAGGCACUGGAAACUGAUAUAGAAGAGCAGGUCAACCGGUUUUUGGAACUAGAGCAAGAAAAGAAUGCAGAAUUAAUGGAUCUAAGGCAGCAAAACCAAGCUCUGGAGAAACAGCUUGAAAAAACCAAAAAAUUUCUAGAUGAACAGGCAAUUGAUAGAGAGCAUGAGAGAGAUGUGUUCCAGCAAGAGAUACAGAAGCUUGAGCAACAGCUUAAGAUUCCCCAAAGAUUUCAGCCAAUCAAUGAACAGCAGAACAGAGAGGUUGAGCAGUUAACAAAUCACCUCAAAGAAAAAACAGACAAAUGCAGUGAGCUUUUGCUCUCUAAGGAACAACUUCAGAGAGAUGUGCAAGAACGGAAUGAAGAGAUUGAGAAAUUAGAGUGCAGAAUCAGAGAACUGGAACAAGCUUUAAUGAUCAGUGCAGACAGUUUACAAAAGGUGGAGGAAAGGAAGCAGUUUGGCUCUGCAGCAGUAAGGGGAGAAUUGCCCCUAGAAGCACAGCUACAGGCUGAGCAAGAAGCUGUAGACAGGAAAGAAAAAGAGAUCCUAAAUCUUGAAGAACAAUUAGAGCAGUUCCGUGAGGAGUUAGAAAACAAAAAUGAAGAAGUACAACAGUUGCAUAUGCAAUUAGAAAUCCAGCGAAAAGAGUCCACUACCCGACAACAAGAACUUCAGCAAGAGAAUAAAUUCUUCAAGGAGGAUAUGGAAAAACUGGAACUAGCUAUCCAGAAUCCUGAAGAUACUUCUAUAAAGGGUCGUCAUCCAGUGGCUGGAAAAUUUGUACACAUCAUACAGAAAAAGGAACAUGAAAUAAACGAUCUCCAUAAACAAAUUUCAAAACUGCAACAGCAACUUGAAAUUACAACAGAUAACAAAGUGGUUGAGGAAAAAAAUGAGCACAUAACAGAGCUGGAAGCCCGAAUAGAAUAUUUAAAAAGUGAUCAAGAACGUGUAAAGCAAAACAGUGAGCAGGAAAUAGAGCAGCUGAAUGAAGUUAUUGAAAAACUGCAGCAAGAAUUGGCAAAUAUUGAGCACAAGAUACCUUUGGACUUUUCAUUGACUCAAGAGGAUGCAGAUAACUUAAAACACCAGCUUGAUAUAGCGUUGGCAGAAAAAGAGGCUUUGGUGAAGCAAGUAGAAGAUAAUGGUGUCGAGGUAACUCUUGCAAAGAAUGAACUGGAGGAAACAAAACUAAAAAUAUGCAAGUUAGAGGAAGAAUUAGAUGCACUGAGGGAGGAACAUGAAAGAAUGGGAGAAAAACAUGAAGAUGUACAGGUGAAAAGUGAUAUAUCAGAAAUAGAAGUAAAUGAAAAUCCAGAAGCUGCAAAUUGGAAUAAAGUGGAAAUACUAAAAAAUGAAAUCGUGCUCGGUUCCAUGGAUGAAAAUGCCAAAUGUUCUUCUAAUAAUUCAGACACAAAGUUGCAGCAGCUUCAAAAAGCUCUUAAGGAAAAGGAUUCAGAGCUAAACCAAUGUUACAACCAGCUCAAGGAUUUAAAAGAGCAAGCACACGCUGAAUCAGAAAUGUUUAAACAGAAAAUGAUAAAUCUCGAAGAAACACUUGCUGCAGCCCUUGUGAGUCAAGCUCAGCUGAACGUGGUUCUGGAGGAAAGUAAGAUUCUCCCAGAAAUACAGGCAGUUCCAGGAAAUGCCAAGGAGGUUAUAACAACUGUUUCAAUAGGAAAAGAAAAUAGCACAGCUGGAGAAGAUGCAAUAUCUAGAUUAUCAGAGUUACUGGAGAAGCUUUCAGAGAUGGAGAGCCAGCUAGCAAGUGCACAGAAUAACCUGCAACUGGAAAAAAUGAAAGUGGAAACUGCACAGAAAGAAGCAAAAGAAAAGGAAGAGAGACUUGUUGAAUUUCAGAAACUCCUGGCGGAAGCAGAAAAAAAGCAGGAGAGGGAGAAAACACAGAGUUCUAAGCAAGGAAAAAUGCAAACUCCUCAGGUGGGAACAGAACUGAAUGAAAAUAAACAAAGAAAUGUACUGACUGCUGAUCCUGAAAUAGAGAGAGUCAGAGCUGAGUCUGCUGCCGCCAAGGAAGAGCUUAAUAGUUUCAGAGAAAAGGCAGAAAAAUUUAAGGAGCAAUUAAUGGUAAAAGAAACAAGUCUGUUUCAUCUCCAAAAAGAACUACAGCAAACUAAAGAUAAGCUAGCUCAAGCAGAAGAGAAAAUCGCAGGUUACAUGAGAAAGGAAAAAAGCGUUGAAAAGUCUGAGAAAGUACGUCCCAGUGGAACAAAUGUGUCAUGUCAGACUGAGAAAGCACUGUACAUCAAUAGCUGCAACCAAACUUCACAGCUUCUUGUCAAAAAUGAAGGAAUUCAGAUUGAUUUACAGAAUGGGUGUUCUCCGGAGGAUGUUGCCGAAAUCAUAAGAGAAUUCAGUGAAAAAAUUGACCAAAUGCAAGAACUACACGCUGCUGAAAUAAUGGACAUGGAGACACGACAUAUCUCGGAAUCGGAAGCACUGAAAAGAGAACAGUUUAUUGCAGUGCAGGAAUUAACUGAAGAAUGUAGUACUUUGAAAUAUGUCAUAGAAGCCCUGAGAGAUAAAGAGGGGAUCCCUGGCGUAGCACAAUCCUCUAACGCCAGAGAUGGAUGCUCCAGUGAUUCUAGUUCAGACUGGAGCCAAGGAGGAUAUCUUGUACCAGGCCAGGGAUCAGAUAUUGUAUCUGAAGGAAUAGAAGAUGAAGGUGGAACUUCCACAGAUUUUCUUCCGAAGAAAAUAAAGGGACUGCUGAGAGCUAUUCAUCAUGAAGGUGUUCAGGUGCUCUCUCUCUCAGAAUGUCCUUACAGUGAAAGUGAUGCACUGCCUCUUAAGAAAGGGGCAGAAUCUUGGCUGGAAGAACGUAAGGCUUUCCUGAGCAUUGUUUCAUCUUUGAAGGAAUUGAUUGCCAAAAUGCAGAUUCGCAGGGAAACCCAGUUCUAUGCAGGAUCUGAAUCUUCUGAUGGGGUCUCAGACUGGCGAACUGAGCUUCUGUAUGCUGUUCAGCAAGUCUUCCAGAAAGAAAAGGAUGUUCUUUUAGCAGCGUAUCAAACCGAAUUGGCUGAAGUAGGCAUUAGGGAUGUAAUCGCGCUAAUGACUCAGCUGGAAAAGAGGCUUCAAGAACAGGGUACAUAUCAAAGAACUGCUGUGGACUGUAUUCAGAAUGCAGAUAGAAGAAGUUUGUUGAUGGAAAUCAAUGCAUUGCGUGCUCAGCUAAACAGGAAACCUGAUCCAAAGAAGGAACUAGAAAUUGAGCCAAACUGUCAAGAAUUGUUGGGGUACAACUUGGAGAUGCAAAUGGAGCUCAGUAGUACAAAGGACAGAGUAGCUGAACUUCAGGAGCAGCUAAAUUCUGAGAGGAUGGUAAUUGUAGAACUGAAGAACGAACUUGGACAAACUAAACUAGAACUGGAAACAACGUUGAAAGCACAACACAAACAUUUGAGAGAUCUGGAAGCCAUCAGAAAUGAACUUAAGGGAAAAGCAGCUGAACUAGAUAUGCUAAAAGACACAAUGGCAAGUGAACAGAAGAAAUCAAGAGAGUUUCAAUGGGCGUUGGAGAAGGCAAAGGCUAAAACAGAACUCAGUGAAGAAAGAGAAAAAGAAGAGCUUGAGGUAGAUUUGAAAUAUUCUCUUGAAAGUGAAAAGCAGAAAGUUGUAGAAUUGAGUAAUCUUUUGGAGCUUGAGAGAGAGCUGUCAAAUGAUUUGCAAAAGAAGGUGGAAUCCCAGGAAACUCUGGACGCAGCCCAGUUGUCUCAGGAGCGCAGCUGUAACUCUGAGCUUCGGGUACUCCUUGAAUCGGAGAGGUUUAGAGUUCUGGAGGUAAGCAGUGCACUGGAGAGGGAAAAAGAGUUGUGUGCCCAGCUUCAGAUGGCUGAACAAAAAAGGCAGGAUGGAACUGUUACACCCGCUGAAGAAUUGCUACGGGAUCUACAAAAACAACUGGAUGAAAAGCAUGAUCGGAUAGUUGCAUUGGUUAGUGAAAUGGAGAGGCAUAAACUGGACUCUGUGCAGCUGAAGCAACAGAUGGAAAAGGAGAGGCAGAUUCAGAGGAAGACGCUGCAGACUGAACAAGAUGCUAAUAUUCUGGCACAGAAAAAAGUGCAUGAACUGGAGUCUAAGGUAGAAGAUCUUCAGUGGCAGCUUGGAGAAAAGAGGCAGCAGGUUCAUCAGCUGCAGUGUGAGGAAAAGAAAUUGCAAGAAAUGGUCCAGGAGUUACAGCAAAAAGAGCAGAGAAAAGAGGCAGAAGUCAAAGGGGACAAAGCAACCUGUCAGAAUCUAAAUGAGACUGCUUGGGAUACAUCUAAGGAGCGAACAAGAAAGUGGGUUUUCCAGCAGAAAAUGGAAGGAACUGAAACAAAAGAAUUAUCUUAUUCUGCCCUAAUUGGCAUGGGAGGAGGAGGAGGAGGAGGAGAUGCUACCAAGGAAUGUCAAGAUCUUCAGAUGGUUAGACAGAAGCUGAGAAGUGUGACUUCCAAGUUAAAACAGCUGGCUAAAAAAGCAGCCUGCAGACUGCCAUUUGAAAAAACAGAUGAUGAAGAUUUUAUUGGGAUACAAAAUAACAUUGAAGAUGUUCUCUUGCAGUUACAAGUGCUAACUGGUUUGCCCAAUCUGGAAGCAGAGAUGAAUGCAGAGUUGCCAUCCACUGCUUCAUUGACUGAACGAUUGCUGAAACAGAAUGCCGAAUUGACUGGGUUUGUCAGUAGACUGAGUGAGGAAAAGAAUAAUUUGAGGAAUGCAGUCAUGAAGCUGGAGGAGGAACUUAGAAGAUACCAACAGAGAGGACCCUGUGGGGACUCAACUUUCAGAUUGUCAAUGCAUGAUGGAGGAAAUGUUGAUGCACUCAUUGCUUCCGAAAGAGAGAUCUGGAACAAAGAGAAAUUGACUCUACAGCAGUCCCUGAAACAGGCUGAGGCAGAGCUAGCCAAACUGAAAGCAGAAUUAAGGAAUGAAGCUUUUCUGAGGGAACUUGGAUCAGAUUCAGAAAAUGCUGCUUUAAAGAGAAUUUAUGGCAGAUAUUUGAGAGCAGAGAGCUUUCGGAAAGCUCUCAUAUAUCAGAAGAAAUACUUGCUACUCUUAUUGGGUGGAUUUCAGGAGUGUGAAGAAGCCACCUUAUGUCUCAUUGCAAGAAUGGGUGGGCAGCCGUCCUACACAGACCUAGAAGUUAUUACACGCCGUUCAAAAGGAUUUACACGGUUCCGCUCAGCAGUGAGAGUGUUAAUCGCAAUUUCAAGAAUGAAGUUCCUAGUUCGUCGCUGGCACCGAGUUACUGGUUAUGGUUUAACAGGAAUCAACAGAGAUGGUUUUAGUCAGAACACAGGGAAUGAGCUACGGCCUGAUUCAGUCUCUGGCAGUCUGGAACUUUAUGGAGAACACAGACAUUCUUCUUAUAGAUCCAGAUCAGAGCUGGAGUCUCUCAGAUCUCCUUUUGGUUAUCCACAUAGGUACCAAAGUAGCCAUGCUGAUUUAAGCCCAGUUUCCCUCGCAUGUUCUCAGCUGCAGAAUUACGAUCCUGACAGAGCUUUAACAGAUUAUAUUAAACGUCUGGAAGCUCUACAGAGGCGACUCGGCAGUGUACAGUCAGCAUCUUCUUCACAUACUCAACUGCAUUCUGGUAUCAGAAGAUAAUCUUUGCAACAUUUCACCACUGGUAGUGACAUCGAAUGAAAUGCCUUUUGCAAAUCUGUGCUGCUGCUGCUGUUGCUGUGCUUUUGUAUAAUGUGUAUAUUGUGGGACCAACAUGAACACAGCUCAACGAUUGUAUGCAGUUCACCUUGCUGGCACCUCUACAAAGACUGGAACUGAUGUAUAUAGGCACUUUUUGUGAUCAUUCAAAACUGAUCAUUAAAUUUCAUGUAUAUUUGUGGAAUUCUAAUUUAAACAAUUAAAUUAUUAAAGUGUGUAUUUAUCACAUGGGUGCGAGGAUGAAACCUUUUAUGUAUUGAGAUUGCAGAAUGCGUAUUUCCAAGUGCACAACAUUUUCUGAGAGAUAAGUGAAUGACUUUUCAUGAUUUUAUUCUAUUUGCUACUGGCACUGCAGAGAGAAAUAUCACUUGUAGAGACCUAUUUUUGUAAAGGUAGAAGUUUUGAAUUUUAUGGGUAUUUUGUCAAAAGUACUGAAAUAAAGAUGCUUUCAUCCUUUUAAAAACUAGA